AUGCUAGCAAAAGGAGCAGACAUCGAAGGUGCAGAUUCUUUCAACGUACGACCGGUCCAUAUAGCUGCGGAACAAGGCCAUUUGGACAUUCUUAAUUUGCUUAUCGCAAGGGGCUGCAAUGUAGAUGCACAAGGGAGUUGUGUUACGCCGUUGGGCAAACGGGAGGUGGGCAUGACGCCGUUACAUUUAGCAGCCAAACAUGUUGACCCAAAUCUCGUGCUCAGUUUGAUCUCUGCUGGCGCUAACGUGAACGCCAAGACUGGUUCGAGAGUGGUUCCACUGCAUGUUGCCGCAGAGAACGGCCGUCUGUGCGUAGUGAAGGCGUUAGUUUCCGCUGGUGCAGACGUGAAUGCCGAGGACGACAAAAAUGUCACCCCUUUACUUUCUGCUGUGGCGCAGAAUUCUGAAGACGUGGCCAGAUUUCUCGUAGCAAACGGUGCUGCUGUAAAUGUGCAAAAUUCGUACCGUUAUACGCCGUUGCAUUUCGCAGCCGAAAAGGGAAAUGUUAACAUAACGAAGCUGCUGGUCCAGAACAAGGCCGCGAUGAAUGCAAAGCAUGUGGGAGGCUUCACCCCUUUGCAUUUGGCCAUACAAAACAGACAAACCGCAGUAAGUCGGAUUUUGAUAAACAGUGGAGCAGAUGUGAAUGUGAGAGAUAAUGAGAGAUGGACCCCUCUACAUAGCGCAGCGUACAGCUUAUACCCAGCUGAAACCGCUAGGCUGUUGAUUGCGGAAGGUGCUAGCACGAAUGCGAGGGACAAAGCUGGAAGAACACCCUUGCACCUUGCUGCAGAGAAUAAUUUCACCGAUGUAGUUAACAUCUUGAUCAGAAACAGAGCAGACGUUAAUGUCACUGACUUACGAAUGUGGACACCACUGCAUAGCGCAGCUUACGUGGGUAGUGUGGACGUCAUAAAGAUUCUUACCGCCAGGGGCGCUCAAGUGGAUGCGAGGACACGCAAACGGGCUACACCCCUGCAUUUCGCAGCAGAUUACUGGCGUGUCGAAGUAGUUAAAUAUCUUUUGGCAAAAGGAUCCGAAGUCAAUGCAGCUGAUCGCAGAAACUGGACGCCACUUCACUUCGCAGCAGAUGAGGGUUCCAACGAAGUCCCUCUUACGUUGUCCGGACACUUGUGUGCAAGUGCGCAGGAUUCCAAACUGAAUACCGUGAAAGUUCUCAUUGAAAGCGGAGCAGAUGUAAAUGCAAAGGGUAGCAGAGGUGAAACCGCAUUGUACCUAGCUGUGAAGUACGGCGAUCCAGUAGUAGCUAGAUGCUUAUUAGAGAAUGGUGCAUAUUAUGAUGUGACAACCAAACACUACUUUCGUAUCACGACUGUUUCGCAGAUUGCCGCGAUUAAAGGGAACAAGGAUGUAAAUGCUUUAUUGCUUGCUGCCGAAAACCUGUUCGAGGCCGUGAGAAAAGCCAAGUGUGCUGAAAUUGAAAAAUGUAUUCAGGAAGGAGCACCAGUCAACAGCAGAAGCGUCAAGUACGAAACACCACUUACGUAUGCGUCUUGGAAAGGACACUUAGCCGUUGUUAAUGUUUUGCUUAAAAAUGGGGCAGCUGUUAAUUUGAGCAACAGCAAUGGUAAUACUCCUCUACAUUAUGCAGCGAAAUUUGGGCAUCACGAAAUAUUGUGCGUCUUAUUGCAACAUGGUGCAGUGUACAAUGCAAGCACCAAAACUGGCAAAAAAACGCCGUUACAUUUCGCCCAACAAAGUGGAAGAAAAGAAGUUAAAGAGACUCUAAAACUGAUUGAACGUAUGUUUAUUAGAAUCAGGAGAAAGGAUAAGAAAGUGCUAAAAGAGCUGAGUGAACUGAAGAACAUAAAAUGUGCAGAAUAUCAUGCCAUAAAAAAUUGCAAAAAUGUACAUCAAGAAACUCUGACACAGAUAGCUUCAGAAAAUCGAUUUUACGAUGUAUGUAAAUUGUUUUCUGAUGUGUAG